AUUCUUCCUCCAGGCCAGUAGAGGGCGAUAACACAAUAUCGACGAAAUAAAGGCACCGAAGAAGAAUCGCGUGUUCUCUCAUUGGCUAGGUCUCAAAUGCAUUUCUAGUGAAUACUUAGGGCACUAGUUAGGACCUAUAGAAACUACUACUUAAUUCUCAAUCUAGUGCGCGUAUGUAGGGUGGAAGGAGGUUGUUUGGGAUUCAGCUUCCGUGCUGCUAGCUUACUUGCUUGGAAGUUCCUGGUGGUUGCAAUCAAAGGUUUUGCCAUGGCAUCGCGGGCCGGACCGAGAGUAGAAGGUACAGACGGAAGUGACUUUCAGCACCGGGAACGCGUGGCCUCACACUAUCAGAUGAGUGUGGCACUGAAAUCAGAAAUACGAAAGCUGAACCUGGCUCACGUUGUGCUGUGGGCAUUAGUUUCAGCCCAGGUGGUGGUGAGCCAGCUGAAUUUGCUCUCCCACAAACUGGUGGCCAGCCCCUACCAGUGGGAGUACCCGUACCUGCUGAGCAUCAUUCCCACCGCACUGAGCUUCAUGGCGCUGCCGAGGAACACCAUCGGUUACCUGGCCGUGUCCAUGAUUGGCGCCGGGCUGUUUUGCAUCGCACCCAUCAUCUACGGCGCCAUGGAGAUGUUCCCCGUGGCGCAGCAGCUGUACCGGCACGGCAAAGCGUACCGCUUCAUCUUCGGCUUUUCUGCCGUCUCCGUCCUCUACCUGCUCAUAGUGGUGGCGGUGCAGGUCCAUGCCUGGCAGAUCUACUACAGCAAGAAGCUCCUGGAUGCCUGGUUCACCACCACCACACAGGACAAGAAGAAGAAAUGAAAGCAAAUUUAUUAUUAUUAUUUUUUAAAUGCACAAGUACGACUUCGAACGAUAUUCGUUUCCUUCAAGGAUGACCUGAGUAAUUGUUCUCAUUGACUUGAGAUAAUGACGGAUUGUGCAGAACGGUCUGAACUUGUGAAGCUAAGCUGUCCUGUUCCCCCUGAUCAGAUUCGGAUUUGUUUUCAAAAAGUGUUACCUUUUUAAGCGUCACAACUCCGCCAAAUUAAAAAAAUGAACAUUUCUACUGUACCAUGUGAUCUCUUCGUCCGUUUCUUCUACUCGGAUACUAAACGAUACAACCUUGCUAAAGCCAUGACUCGGAGAGGUCUGUGUUAGUCACGUUCAUCCGGGGGGUGGACCAGAAACUUCUAUUGUAAUUUAAGGGCAAAAUAAAGUUGGGAUUUAAAAAAAUAAAAAGUUAAAAGAAAGUGUUUGUUGUUUUUUACUAGGUUGGGUAGUUGAGGGUGGGAUAAGGCUGGACCCCCAGCAGUGUUGUCAUGGUAACAUGUUUUUCAUUGAUCACACUUGUUCCGAACUUAACAUAAUGAUUACAUUAGUAAAGACAUAAAACUGGCAUCAAUUACACCUGCGUUAAUGUGAAUAAAUUUCACUAAGAUUU